CGGCCGGGCCUGGGAGGCACCCGCGCCCCCGGGGCGUCCUGAGCCUGCGAUCGGGCCGCAUCCGGCGGGUCUCCAGCCGCCAUGGCCACCGUGGGCGGGCUGCCCAGAUGGCUCCUACGCCGCCGGUGGGCCCCGCUCCCCGCCGGCCUGUGCAGCAGGGGGCUGGCCGGGCCCGGGAGGCCGGAGUCGGAGCCGCGGCCCACCAGCACGUGGCAGCGGGACGGCAUCAGGAACAUUGUCUUGAGCAAUCCCAAGAAGAGGAAUGCCUUGUCACUCGCCAUGCUGAAAUCCCUCCAAAAUGAUAUUCUUCAUGAAGCGGAAAGCAAAGAUCUGAAAGUCAUUAUCAUUUCAGCCCAGGGGCCUGUGUUCUCCUCUGGUCAUGAUUUGAAGGAGCUGACGGAGGAGCGAGGCUGUAACUACCAUGCUGAAGUGUUUCAGACCUGUUCUGAGGUGAUGCUGCUCCUCCAGAACCACCCGGUCCCCAUCAUCGCCAUGGUCAACGGCUUGGCCACGGCGGCGGGCUGUCAGCUGGUGGCCAGCUGCGACAUUGCGGUGGCAAGCGACAAGUCCUCUUUUGCCACUCCUGGGGUGAACAUCGGGCUCUUCUGCUCCACCCCUGGGGUGGCCUUGGGCCGAGUGGUGCCCAGAAAGGUGGCCUUGGAGAUGCUCUUUACCGGAGAGCCCAUUUCUGCCCAGCAGGCCUUGCUCCAUGGUCUCCUGAGCAAGGUCGUGCCGGAGGAGCAGCUGGAGGAAGAGACCAUGCGAAUCGCCAAGAAGAUCGCCUCCUUGAGCCGUCCCGUGGUGUCCCUGGGCAAAGCCACCUUCUACAAGCAGCUGCCUCAGGACCUGAGGACGGCCUACUGUCUCACCUCCCAGGCCAUGGUGGACAACCUGGCCCUGCAGGACGGGCAGGAAGGGAUCCAGGCGUUCAUCCAGAAGAGAAAACCCACCUGGUCCCACUGAGCCAAGGUGUGGACACGUGGGCAGUGCCAGGGAGCCCCCAGCCCUCUCCUUCCGACUCUGUCACACCGCUGCUGCUUGGUUGUGACCGAAGACAGCCUGCUUUCCUAGCACCCAGGCCACUGCUGUAGCAGGUGGUGUACAGGAAAAGCCACAGUCCCCACAGGGAAGGGCUGUGGCAAGAUGGCGGGCACUGGGGUGGGCCGCCGGGGAGGAAAGCCUGGCAUCAUCUGCCCUUUCCCAGCACCCCGCGUGAGGGACUGCCCCCCACACAUAGAAGGCGGCCGCCUGCAGAGGCACAAAGGAAGGGUGCCAGCCUGACUCGCCGUGCCCUCAGGCAGAUCAAUCCUGGUGGGGUGACAGGUGACACGUUUCAAAUCUCCAUCAUGAGAUGCCGGCCGCCCUGAAGAUCUUCGUUCCAUCAGGGAAUAAUCAUACCUGUGCCUUUGGAAUAAGCGUAUGGAUUCCAAUAAAUUCAGUGUUUGUAGAGACAGAGCAUUUAGCUUUCCAGACUCUGAGCUGUCUAAGA